AAUUAUUUUCGGUAACAAGUGAUGAUGCAUUAUAUAAACUGAAAGACAACACUGUUCCUGAUUUUCAUUUUAUCAUUCGGAAGAUAAAGCUUCUAACCCAAUUCAGUUUAGCGCACUUUCAUGGAUUUGUAAUGAGCGUGGAAAUAUAAAAGGACAGAGUGCAUGCGAAACGAAGUUCACUCAGAUAUUAACAAACGCGUCGAAAUGAUCUCGUUCUCCGUGCUCUUCGUAAUCGCAGUCGUCUGUCUGCUAGUUUACAUUUUCAAUGGAGCCAAAAAGAGGCCGGACAACUUUCCGCCAGGUCCUCCAAAAUUACCGUUCUGGGGUAGCUUGUUCCACCUGAAGAUGGAGAACUUCAGGUAUCCGCACAAGGCUUUGAUGUCGCUGGGGAAGAAGUACAAAACGGACGUGGUUGGCUUCUACACGGGCGAAUUCCUAGUAGCCAGCUGCUACAAAUACGAUCUGGUUAAGGAGGUCAUGGUCAGAGAGGAAUUUUCCGGAAGGCCAGACACCGUAAUCAUUCGCAACCGAGGAUUAGGUCGAUUAAUUGGAAUCUUCUUCUCUGAUGGUGAAUUCUGGAGGGAUCAGAGGUGGUUUUCUUUGAGACACAUGAGGGAUUACGGCUUCGGUAGACGCGAUUCCGGGAUCGAGGACAGAGCUGCAGAGGAGGUGCGCGGUUUAAUCGAGUUUUUCACGAGUAAACCGAAACCCUGCGAUUCGGAUGUAUGCGUCGAGCGAGGUAUUGUUAAGAUGCCCGACGUAUUCUUCGGACCGGCUUUGAAUUGCAUCCAUUUUCCUCUCUCCACGCGUCACUUUGACGAUUACAGGGAGCUGAGAACAAUCGGAAAAGCUGCGACCAAUUUUUUGCAAUCCGUUGAUAGCACAGGAAGUGCCAUCACAGCAACUCCAUGGUUGAAAUACAUAGCUCCGGAAUACUUUGGUUGGAAUCAUUCGUUCAGGGAGAACGAGAUCCUCUUCAAGUUUGUCAGAGCUAUUAUUGAGGAACAUAAAGAGUCUUAUAUCGAAGGUCAUGACAGAGAUUUCAUUGACACUUACUUAUCGGAAAUGAAUUAUUUAAAGAAAAACAACAUAACUGAUACUUCGUUCGGAGAAGAUCAACUCAUGUACACUACCUUGGAUUACAUGUUUCCCGCUCCGGUGGCGAUUGGCCAUACCUUGAACUUCCUUUUCGCUCAUCUAAUCAAUAAACCUGAGAUUCAGGUAAAGAUGCAAGAGGAAAUUGAUCAGGUUGUAGGUAGAUCUCGAUUACCGACCAUCGAUGAUCGCAAGGACUUGCACUACAUCGAAGCCACUCUUCGCGAAAUGAUCAGGAAAGAUCCUAUUGUACCUUUAGGUUUAGGUAGGAGAGCGACCAAAGACACAACCUUAGCCGGAUACUUCAUUCCGGAAAACACGUUGCUGUUACCCAACAUCUGGGCCAUGCACAACGAUCCAGAGUUCUGGGGAGAUCCAGAAAACUUCAGACCUGAAAGAUUCUUGGACUCCAACGGACAUUUAGUCAAGAAGGACUUAACGUUAGGAUUCGGAGCAGGAAAGAGGUUGUGCGCCGGGGAAACUUUCGCCCGAAACACCAUGUUCUUAAUGGUGACAGGAAUCAUGCAGAACUUCACGUUAUCGAUGCCCGAAAAGGAGAAACCUCCGUGCACGGAUAACCAAGUAAACGGAAUCACCGUGUCCAUUCCCGAUUACUGGAUGAAGGUCACGCCUCGACCUUGAA